CGAUCCAACACAAAAUAAGCACCAAAGUUACAUUUUAUAGUUCCAUUUGGUCAAAUUAACUGUGUGGCCUACAGAUAUUCCGCAUAUGCAUUUUCYAAUUCACACUAACUGUGUAAAUGGUUUAGUCCUAGGUCUAGGAUGGCCGCUGCUGUGGGUGUAAACAAGCAGGGAACCGCAGCAACGAUGGACGUCUGUGUUCGGCACGUCAGGGGGGCCACAAGCAGCACGGUGAAGGUGUUGGAGUGUGGGGUGUGUGAAGAUGUCUUCUCUCUCCAGGGGGACAAGGUCCCCCGGCUGCUGCUCUGUGGUCACACAGUCUGUCAUGACUGUCUGACCCGGCUCCCCCUGCAUGGUAGAGCCAUCCGCUGCCCCUUUGACAGACAGGUCACAGAGCUGGGGGACUCUGGUGUGUGGGGUCUGAAGAAGAACUUUGCCCUGCUGGAGCUUCUGGAGAGGCUGCAAAAUGGAGCGUCCAGCCAGUUGAGCAUGGCAGAGGACGCCCUAACAGGCAUGGGAGAGUCUAUAAUCCGCUGUGACGAGGACGAGAGCCACACGGCAUCUAUGUACUGCACGGUGUGUGCCACCCACCUGUGUGCCGACUGCUCCCAGCUCACCCACUCCACCCGCACCCUAGCCAAGCACCGGCAGGUACCCCUGGCAGACAAGCCCCACGAGAAGACACUAUGCCCGCAGCACCAGGUUCACGCUAUCGAGUUCGUCUGUCAGGAGGAGCUCUGCCAGCCUGGGCCGCUCAUGUGCUGCGUGUGCAAAGAGUACGGCAAGCACCAGGGACACAAGCAUGCAGUUCUGGAGGCAGAAGCCAAUCAGAUCCGUGCGUCUAUCCUGGACAUGGCCCACUGUAUCCGGACGUUCACAGAGGAGGUGUCGGAAUAUUCCAGGAAGCUGGUUGGGAUCGUACAGCAGAUUGAGGGAGGAGAACGGAUAGUGGAGGAUGGCAUCGGCAUGGCACACACCGAACAUUCGUCUGUGGCUAUUCCCCAGGUCCCAGGCACGGCAGAGAGCGCGCGGUCCUGCGUACGGGCCUACUUCGCCGACCUCCACGAGACGCUGUGCAGACAGGAGGAGAUGGCGCUCAGUGUAGUGGAUGCACAUGUCAGGGAAAGGCUCAUUUGGCUCCGGCAACAGCAGGAAGACAUGACCAUCCUACUGUCCCAGGUGUCCACAGCCUGCCUGCACUGCGAGAAGACACUGCAGCAGGAUGACUGCAGAGUGGUCCUGGCCAAGCAGGAGAUCAACAGACUGUUGGAGACUCUGCAGAAACAGCAGCAGCAGUUCACUGAGCUGGCCGACCACAUCCAGCUUGACGCUGGUAUCCCCGUCACAUUCACCAAGACUACAUUGUUUUCUCUGUUCCAGGACAACCGGGUCCACAUCGGGCCUAAGAUGGAGAUCCGGGUGGUGACCCUGGGAUUGGAUAGUGCUGGGAAAACCACCAUCCUUUUCAAACUGAAACAGGACGAGUUUAUGCAGCCCAUCCCUACCAUAGGUUUUAAUGUGGAGACAGUGGAGUAUAAGAAUCUCAAGUUCACCAUCUGGGACGUUGGUGGGAAACAUAAGCUACGGCCUCUCUGGAAGCACUAUUACCUGAACACACAAGCGGUGGUGUUUGUGAUUGACAGCUGUCACAGGGAUAGGCUGAUGGAGGCCCACAGUGAACUGGCCAAACUUCUGACAGAGAAGGAGCUGAGAGACGCCCUGCUGCUCAUCUUCGCCAACAAACAGGAUGUCCCAGGGGCUGUGUCGGUGGAGGAGAUGACGGAGCUGCUGAGUCUCCACAAGCUGUGCUGUGGGAGGAGCUGGCACAUCCAGGGAUGUGAUGCCCGCAGUGGCAUGGGGCUCCACGAGGGCCUGGACUGGCUGUCCCGACAGCUGGUGGCUGCAGGUGUACUGGAUGUGGCCUAGACCUCCCCUUGCUGCAGGGGGGCUGGAUGUGGCCUAGACCUCCCCUUGCUGCAGGGGGGCUGGACGUGGCCUAGACCUCCCCUUGCUGCAGGGGGGCUGGACGUGGCCUAGACCUCCCCUUACUGCAGGGGGGCUGGAUGUGGCCUAGACCUCCCCUUGCUGGAUGGGGCCUAGACCUCCCUAGA